GGCGAACGCGCAUCAGUCCGGACCGAAAAGCGCGUAGCGGACGUUGUUCUCAGUGCUUGCGACAGUGCGCGUCGUUUGAGAGGUAGUGCGGUGCCGCGCCCGCGGCGAUCGUAGUCAGUCACGGUGCCGGCUUCAGAGAGCAACCGUCGCGCGAGCCAGCGGGUCGCGUUUCUGUUGGGACGCCUGCCCCCCGGCGCGAGGGCGCGUGUGACGGCAGAGAGUGUUGUCGAGUGCGGAGCGCCGCCACCACCCGCCUAAAUGUGGAUACUGGAGGCUGGCGGCGUGCAGUGGCUGCUGAAGCGGACGGCCGAGCUGCCUGCCCCUCCGCACCGACAUGGUGAGCGCGGCGGCGACCACGACGACCGCGACUACGACGACGACCUCGUCCCGGAGGGCGUCCUCUUCUUCGUCCUCCUCGAAGCCGCCGACGGAUCCGGACCUGCUCGUCAGGCCUAGCUGGACCGACGCCGCUGUCGCGCUCGCCCAGGUCGACAAGGGCAAGGCGAGCGGCGUGCGCAGCGCUCUGUGGGCGCGCGCCUGGCUGCAGGGCCACCUGUUCCAGCUGGGCCGCUUCCUGCACCGGCACGCCGGCAAGGUGCUCUUCGUCGCCGUGCUCGUGCUCUCCACCUUCUGCGUCGGACUCAAGUCUGCGCAGCUGCACUCGCGCGUCGACCAGCUCUGGGUACAAGAAGGGGGUCGGCUGGAGCAGGAGCUGGCGUACACGCGCCAGGCGCUGGGCGAGGCGGCGGCCAGCACGCACCAGCUGUUCAUCCAGACGCCGCGCGACGCCGACGCGGGCGGCUCCCUGCUGCACCCAGGGGCGCUGCUGGCACACCUCGCCGCCGUACGCGCCGCCUCCGCUGCCACCGUCACCCUCUUCGACAUAACGUGGAGGUUGAAAGAUCUGUGUUAUUCGCCCAGUGUGCCAGAUUUUGAAGAGCAUUACAUUGAGCAGAUAUUCGAGAACAUCAUGCCGUGCACCUUCAUCUCUCCCCUGGACUGCUUCUGGGAAGGCUCCAAACUGCUAGGGCCAGAACCAGGAUACCCCGUUACCAUUCCUGUCAUCGGAUCUAACGUUCGGUGGACGAACUUGCACCCACAGAAAUUAGUUGAACAGAUGAAAUCGUUCGACUUCAACUUCCACUUCGGUACGCUGGAAGGAUACAUGAAGAGAGCGGGAAUAAGCAGCGCCUACCAGGAGAAGCCCUGCCUCAACCCGUUGGACCCCGAGUGUCCAGAGACAGCGCCCAACAAGAAGACGGGGCAGAUACCUGAUAUAGGGGCAGAACUGACAGGUGGCUGCUAUGGUUUUGCUGCAAAGUAUAUGCAUUGGCCUGAGGAUUUGAUAGUUGGAGGCACAGUCAAGAAUAAGACUGGACAUAUUAAAAAAGCUCGAGCUCUACAAACUGUUGUGCAGUUGAUGGGAGAACGAGAGUUAUAUGAUUUCUGGUCAGCAUCGUACAAAGUCCAUCAUGUUGAAUGGACCCCUGAAAAAGCUGCCUUGGUGCUCGAUACUUGGCAGAGGAGGUUCUCAGAGGAACUUCAGAAGUAUAUGAAUGGAGACAACGGUACAUCUCCAUAUAGCAUGUAUUCAUUUUCCACUACUACAUUGAAUGAUAUUCUAAGUCAAUUUUCGGAACUGCGGUUAGAGAAAGUAAUCGCUGGAUAUGUAUUAAUGCUGUUAUAUGCUGGACUGUCGCUUCUGCGGUGGAGCGAUCCGGUGCGCUCACAGACAGGUGUGGGUGUGGCAGGUGUGGUGCUAGUAUCCAUUACAGUGGCUGCUGGUCUGGGCUUCUGUGCUUUGCUUGGCAUCGCCUUCAAUGCCUCGACCACGCAGAUUGUGCCAUUUCUAGCACUUGGACUUGGUGUAGAUGAUAUGUUUCUCUUGACACACACUUAUGCUGACCAGGAAGUCACCAACAUACAAACAGAUGAACAAACAGGCAUGGUCCUGAAGCGGUCUGGUCUCAGCGUGCUGCUGACAUCAUUGAGCAAUGCUUGCGCCUUCUUUGCUGCUGCACUCAUCCCCAUUCCUGCGCUCAGAGUCUUUUCACUGCAGGCAGCAGUGCUCAUGCUCUUUAACCUGGCAGCAAUGUUGCUUGUGUACCCUGCAAUUGUAAGCCUUGACCUGCGGCGACGACGUGCCGGUCGAGCUGAUGUCCUCUGCUGCUGCACUUGUCCACAGCAGCCAGCUUUUACAAGUAGUUGUGUGACGUCAGAUGGGGAGUCAGAUCGGGGGCGGCCCAGGGCUACACGUAUCACACCUGAGCCGCCCCCACCUCAGCCACGCAAGCUGACAGCUAUCACACGUGCACUGCCUCCAGACCGUCAGCAAACUGUCACUGUGCUUGCAGCACCACCUCAAGCGACACAGGGUGCCUCUACAGCUCCACCUUCACCACUAACCUCCCGAACACAUCAUUCUGCUGAAUGUUGGGUGGGUUCACGAGAAGUACUGACAGUGGAUCCAGAGAGCGGUGAACAGCAUUCCACUAGCUGUCCAAUACAUGGCUGUUGGCGGUGGUCACUGACACGAGCAGCUGCACAACAUUAUGCACCUUUUAUUGCCAAAACCAGUGUCAAGGUAUUUUCCAUGGUGCUAAUGAUCUUCGUCCUCGCUGGCAGUGUGUGGGGAGUAUUUAAAGUCAGUGAUGGGCUGGAUCUGACGGAUAUUGUGCCACAGAACACUGAAGAGCAUGCAUUCCUUGGUGCACAAGAAAAGUAUUUUGGCUUCUACAACAUGUAUGCUGUCACUCAGGGAAACUUUGAGUAUCCAAAUAAUCAGAGGCUGCUGUAUGAAUACCACGAGGCCUUUAUGAGGGUGCCCAACAUUGUUAAAAAUGACAAUGGUGGUCUUCCAGAUUUCUGGCUCAGCAUGUUCAGAGAUUGGCUCAUAGAGCUCCAAAAGGCAUUUGAUCAUGACUGGGAGCGUGGCUGCAUAACACAGGAGAAAUGGUAUGCAAAUGCCUCCGAUGAAGCCAUCCUAGCAUACAAGCUAUUAGUCCAGACAGGACAUGUGGACAACCCUGUAGACAAGUCACAAGUUCGCCAGCUACGCCUUGUUGAUGCAGAGGGCAUUAUAAGUCCGAAGGCAUUCUAUAAUUACCUGAGUGCCUGGGCCACAAAUGAUGUACUAGCAUACGGUGCAUCCCAGGGCAACUUGAGACCCAAACCACGUUCAUGGCUGCAUGCACCUAGUGAUGUUGGUCUCAAGAUCCCCAAGUCACCACCACUUACAUAUGCACAGAUGCCUUUCUACUUGCAUGGGCUUGGUGACACACAGAGCAUCACACACCUCAUUGGAGAGGUACGUGCAGUAUGUGAGAAAUUUGAAGAGCGUGGCCUGCCGAACUUUCCAUCGGGAAUACCAUUCCUCUUCUGGGAACAGUACCUGGGGCUUCGGCAGUCACUGAGCUUGGCACUAGCUUGUGCACUUGCAGCAGUUUUUGUUGUUGUCACAGUUCUGCUUGUGAAUCCACGUGCAGCAGCACUAAUCACACUCUCAUUGGCUGCGAUCGUGCUGCAGCUACUGGGUGCCAUGGGCAUGCUUGGUAUUAAGCUCAGUGCCAUCCCUGCAGUGCUGCUCAUUGUUGCUGUAGGGAUUGGUGUCCACUUUACGGUCCACAUCUGCCUGGGCUUUGUGACUUGUAUUGGAAGUAGAGAGCGCAGGACAAAACUGGCACUAGAGUACAUGCUAGCACCAGUAGUACAUGGGGCAUUCGCUACUCUUCUGGGAGUUCUUAUGCUUGCCUUCUCAGAAUUUGAUUUUAUAGUAAGGUACUUUUUCUAUGUGCUCUUCAUACUUAUUGCUGUGGGACUUCUUAAUGGGCUCCUGUUCUUUCCUGUUCUAUUGUCGAUGAUUGGGCCUCCAGCUGAGGUAAUUCCUCACGAGCACACUGAUCGAAUUUCCACACCUACUCCACCUCCAUCACCUGCACAUGGCCGAUCGGGUUCUUGUCGGAUAACAAAAGUGGCUCCACCGCGUCGCAGUGCGCACUGCAACCGUCUGCAUGCAGAACCCUCCCUCACAACAAUUACUGAGGAAGGAAACUCUUGGCACUCUACACAUGAAAUAGUUGUGCAACCGGAACUUGUUGUUGAAACAACAUAUGCUCCAGCAACAGCUUCAAGUUCCUCUCAGAAUAGUGAUAAUUCAUCACAAAGUUCAACCUCAACACCAACACCACAGCCACAUGUUACAACAAAGGUCACUGCUACAGCUCACGUCAAGGUUGAGGUCCAUACACCGCUACCAAGUACAAUGGAAAGGGAAUGCAGUAGCAAGUCUCGCCAGAGUCGUCGGAGGGAUUCAAGCUCUGAGCGUGAUUCCACAGACAAAAAUGCUUCUUAACCUAUCAUUUAUAUGUCAUGUUACCAUUGUCCAUAGGACAUUCAACAAACAAGUAUAAAUUAAUGUACCUGCACAAUUCACAAUUAGUGUGUACCUCAAAAACCUUAAGUGUAUGUAUUUCUAACUCCAGGGUCAUUUAAAACAUCUACACUACUGGUCUCUAAGAGAUACAAUUAGUUGCAGCCAUAAUGUUACCAGUCUUCAUAAAAACAAACCAAUGAUUAAUAUAUACAGUUUUGUAUGAGAAAGAAGUCAACACAAGUGGUUAUUCUAGAGAAAUUUGUUGCACUAGUUUAAGCACUUGUAUUAAGAAACUGUUUUCAUACUUUCCAGUAUUUUGAAACAUAGAAAGAAGUAAAAUACAUUUUCUAAAAGCUUUUAAUCAAGUUUCCGAAUGUUGCUUUAUUCGCUAACACUUUCAAUUUUAGCUUGGUUGUAAGUAAUGUCAGAAAUGUUUAAAAAGAAAAAGGAUUUCUUAGAAAAAUUAUGUUAUAUGAUUAUAUUUUAAUAAAAAUUAUAUUAAAUAAACCUACUUAAAUUUUAUAUGAAAUUAAAUGAAUAGUUAUGGCAUUAGGUUUAGAUCAAAUAGUAUGCCCAGUUUAUUUUAUCACUUUUAACUGAAGAGGUGUUGGCAAAGGUGUAGUUAAAUGCCCGGAGUUAAGGAAAACAGGUCCCCAUUUUGUCUGAGGGGAAUCACUACACCAUUACUUUAAUCAUAUAGUACUAUUUAUAUUAUCAAUUCAGAUUUCAUUUAAUUUAUGAACUGCAUAAUGCAGUUUUGUGCUUGUAAAUGCAUUUACGUCAUGUCUUCAUAACGUAUAUAUAUUCAUAAACAUACAUAUAUAUUAUUUAUAAAAAUGAGAGUUUUUAAUUUUAUACUAUUUGUACAGAAAGUGUGCCACUUUAUUUGUAUAUUGGAUCGUUAUAAGGAGCCAAAUAUUACUUAGCAAUAAUGCACAACGAAAAAUGUACAAAAAUGUAAAUAAUUGUACAGACAAUCAAAGAUGUAACUAUACUUAAUAUAUGUAAAUUGUAUUCUAUGUAAAUAAUUUAACAAGUGUAAAACUAUGUUUUACAGAUACAAAUACCUCUUAAGAAGAUUGUAACAUAUGUAUGAACUACUUUCUUGGUAACUAAAUGAACCAAGGAAUUUGUAUGUACUUAGUCACACUUAUUUAAAAAAGACAUAUUGCAGAAAAAUACAGAAACUUCUGUGGCAAAAAAUCUGUCAUGAUCAAAAAUGAAGACUGUAUUGAAUGUGUAGUCAAGGAAAAUGAUAACUGAA